AAUUUUCGUUUAACUGUGUCAUCGCUGAUGGCCUGGAAAACGGGUUUCUAACGGCGAUCUUUCGCACGUUGAACGCUCCACCCAGCGGUCUUAGAGCAAGCUUCUUGAUUCAAUAGUAUGAUAUUCCAGGACACAGCAUUUAUCAUUGCCUUAUGACUGGAAAAUGAAAUUUUAUUUCCGAUCUUCCUGGUAUGCCGCAAGCGGUGCGCCGAGUGCCGGUUUAGCCAGUGUGGACUCAGCUGGCGUACAAGUCCGCGUGGUCUGACCUAUGACUACAACCGACUGUAUGGUCAGGUCAGCUGGCCGCCCUCGGUCCAUGGUCAGCUGAUGGUGCCGUGCUGGAGCUCAGCUGAUGGCGCCGUGUCGGGACUCAGCUGACCCGCCGGGCGCCGGGCGCCGGGUCCGGCUGGGUGGGCGGUGCAGACGGGGUCACCGACCCGACCCAGUGCGGGAUGCAGCCGACCGGCCGGCACUUUCUCUGCAGACGGCCGCCCUGCGCCCUGCCUUAUCUGGACGGCAGCCAGCGCGACCCUCCGCGGGAACACGCGAACGGCACGGACGGCAUGCAGACAGAUAGUCAGACAGGCUUAGCGUGCGAGCAGCAGCUGAAGAACUCACUGCGGCGCAGUAAGUCGCUGAGCGGCGACGCGGCCCGGCGGGUGCGUCUUCCCGACUGUACCCCCGAGGGCCAGUUCAAGUCCGUCCAGUGCGACCCCUUCAAGGGAUUCUGCUGGUGCGUGGACGACAAUGGAUUUGAGCGGCCCGGCACCCGGGCACGGUCCCUCGAGCUCACCAACUGCUCCAGACAGGCCGAGUGCGCGGACGUCACCUGUCGCAUGCUGUGUCCGUACAGCUUCAAACUGGACGAGCGAGGCUGUCCGCUGUGCCAGUGCUGGGACCCGUGUCAGGAGGUGCAGUGUCCCGGGAAACUCUCCUGUCAGCUGGAAGAGAUGCCGUGCACCAACGAGCCCUGCCCGCCCGUACCCACGUGCAAGCGGCCGCGGUCACUGGAAACGCUGUGCCUGGCCGGCCGACCGCUGACGUUCGCUGAGGGUAACAGACCGUUCCUCUGCGGCACUGACCCCGGCAAACCACAGUGCCCGCCUCUGCACGAGUGUCAGGUGCCCACAGGUGCCGAGUAUGGCGUGUGCUGUCCCUCCAUGGAGAAGGCCCUGGCCCCGCCAGCCCGCUGCCCCGCGCCUCCGCUGGGUCAGAAGGAGGAGUGCGGUGUGCCCUGUCAGUUCGACUUCCAGUGCUCCAGAUAUGACACCUGCUGCCGAUCACACGAGUGUGGAACGCACUGCGUGCCGACAUCAAACAAGACCAAGUGUGAGCAGAAGCGCGAGCUGGCAGAGCUGAUGAUCAUCAACGAGAAGCAGGGUCGCGGCUACAUCCCACAGUGCGCCUCUGACGGCAGCUUCGAGCGCCGCCAGUGCUCCCGUAACGGCCUGGUCUGCUGGUGUGUCGAUGACGACGGCACCAACAUCCGAGGGACGAUGGGCGCAGCGGACACCGUCAUCUGCCAGCCCACUGAUGUGAACCGUAUCGCCGGCGGCCGCUCUCUGGGCUGCCCCGAUCUGCGCUGUGCCGAGGUCUGCCAGUACGGCCGGGUACCGGACGCCACCGGCUGCCCCAGCUGUGUGUGCGCCCGGCCCUGUGACGAGUUUGUCUGUCCAGAGGGGACUGUGUGCGUGCCGAACACUCAGCCCGGCUGCCACGGACCGCUCUGCCAGGCCACGCCCAAAUGCGUCGCUGUUGAGCCGGAGAGCCCUCCUGCCCCUGCUGAAACCAUUCCUGAGGAGAAUACUGCCCAGGAACAGCCCAAGGAGCAGAUACCGGAGAACAAACCGGAGACUGUCCCGAUCGCCGAAGACAACAUCGUACCCACCGAGGCCGCCGAGGAGUCUCUCCUACCUCUGACUGACUCCAAGGAGUCGGCUGUAACCACUGAGUCAGUAGAGUCUCCAGAGAGUGAGUUUGUUGAGUCGAGCGGCGACCUGCUGCUGGCGGGUGAGGAGUACGACAAUGUGGUGGCUCUGGACGGUGAGUGGCCAGGAGUGGAGGCUGAUCAGGCGGUCUCCCUGGACGAGUCGAGCGGGGCCGGUCCGGAGCCGGAGACGGAGCUCGUCAGUGACGUGGUGGACAGCGUGGUGAACGUCCUGAUGAGCCACUCCCAGCCGGCUGAGUCGGAGGGACAGCAGGCCAGGAGCGCCGCGCUGAGGGACUACUCGGAGCCGGAGCAGGCUGACGGUCACCGCAGCCUGGCGGCGGCUCUGCAGAGCGCUCAGUUGGGGGAGAGCGCCGCCGCGCAGCUCCAGUCGGGGAUGGAGGCGCGCGCCAGCUACCUCCGGGAGGAGCAGGCGCGUCAGCAGUACAACGUGCAGGCGCGCCACAGCGGCGGCGGCGGCUCCAGCGCGAACCAGAUCGAGGCUCUGGCCGAGGAGGAUCUGUAUCUCCUGGAGGAGGAGCAGUUGAGGGAGGAGGACACCAAGCAGAAACUCGAGAAACCAGGCCAGUGCCCGUUUUCGGUCCCGGUCGGCGCUCACAGCUGUGAACUGCAGUGUGGAUCGGACUCCGACUGUGCCGGAGAACACAAGUGCUGCUCUACGGGCUGCGGAACCCAGUGUGUGCGGCCACUGCUGGCUACAGCGUGUCAGCAUGAGAAGUCGGUGCUGGAGGAGCGCGCCCGCUCGUCUGGCGUGCCUCUGGGCCGCACCUACAUCCCUCACUGCCGCGAUCAGGACGGACUCUACUCCGAGGUGCAGUGUCACCCGGUGCUGGGCGUCUGCUGGUGUGUGGACGAGGCCGGCAGGGAGCGCGCCGGAACCCGCGCCGCCGGCCGGCACAACGUCAACUGCACAACGCCUGCUCUGUCGUCCUGCCCGCGGCUGAGCUGCCCGGUGUUCUGCCCGUCGGGCCGGCGUCUGGACGCCCAGGGCUGCCCCACCUGCCAGUGCCACCACCCGUGCGAGUCGGUGCGCUGCAGGGACGGCCUGGAGUGCCGCCCUGUGCCGGUGCGCUGUGUGGCCGGCCCGUGCCCGCCCCUGGCGCUCUGCCUGCCGCCCGUGACCGACCCCUGCCCGACGGGCCGGCCGCUGCCGGGCGCCCGCUGCGGCCCCGGCCAGCCCGCCUGUCCCGGUACCCAUCUGUGCCACAUCAGUCCCUUCCACGAGUACGACGUCUGCUGCCCCAAGCCCCGUGACGUGUGCCAUCUGCCCGAGAGCAGCGGAGCGUGCGGCCAGAGCCUGGUCCGGUGGAGGUUUGACCGAGACGCCGGAAAGUGCACCAGUUUCAUCUACAGCGGCUGUGAUGGAAACGCAAACAACUUCCACACGCUAGACGAGUGCCGCGCCGUCUGUCCAGUUCUGACUCCGUGCCAGCAGCGCCGUGAGAAGGCGGAGCUGGCUCUCGAGCUCUACAAGACGGUCUCGUUCAUCCCCAAGUGUGACGCUGUGACGGGCGCCUGGGAGCCGAUCCAGUGCCAGCCCGAGUUUGGUCUCUGCUGGUGUGUGGACUCGGAUGGACGAAUGGUGGAUGGGAGUAUGGUGGCUGGAGUUCCGAGCUGCUCAUCGCGACAGGGGCGCCGGCUGAGUCUGCUGCCGCGCCGCACACAGAUCUGUGAGCGCGGUGAGACGGUGCACGUGUGUCCGCGCUCACUGUGUGAGAACAAGGUGUGCCUGUCAGACCCGACUGCCACGUGCCGUAUUGACCCGUGCGGUCGGUGUGGGUACCGCUUCUACGACCGUGACGGCGAGGAGGUCAACUGCAGCACCGGGCUGACACAAUGUCAGCAGGAGAGGCAGCAGGUGUUGAACUCUGCCGUAUGGAAGCGUCACGGACAGUACGAGGCGCGGGAUCGCUCCUCGGUUCGUCUAUACGCCGCUCUGCUCGGAAUGUUGUCACAGAGCCCUGCCGGCUCGGGACAGCACCACUCGUCCCACCGUACCGACCUGCUGGCCGACGGCAUGGUGGUCUCGCCUCCCGUCUGUCGGGAGGACGGCAGCUACCGGCCGGAGCAGGGCGCCGCCGGGCUGAUGUGGUGUGUCACAGCCACCGGACGGCCCGUGCACAGCUCACUGACCCGCGGACUGGUCCGGUGCGGCGAGGAUGGUUCUCUGCUGGAGCGUCAGUCGCUCUCCCCCGUCUGCCCUGCCGGCGUCACGCCCAAGGUGUGCCGUCACGAGUGCCUCCGCGCCGCCUGUCCCGGCCACGAGGACGCCGUCUGUGUCGCCGAUCCGUGCAACAACUGCCAGACCACAUUCUAUAGUGUGACCGGUCGCGAGGUGCAGUGUGAGCGGCCGUGCAGCCAGCCGGUCCUCUCUGGCCAGUGCCGCGCCAGCAUCCCUCGGUUCUACUACGAUCAGAACCUGGGACAGUGUGAGCCCUUUCUCUACGGCGGCUGUGGAGGCAACGACAACAACUUCGGCUCGAUCGAGGAGUGCCGACGGCAGUGCCAGCAGCCCGUGGACGUCUGUUCUCUGCCGGCCGGCAGCGGGCCCUGUGACGAGUCUCACGUCCGGUGGUUCUACAACACCGUCUCCCAGGAGUGCGAGCCGUUCUCCUACGGCGGCUGCGCCGGCAACGCCAACAACUUCGCCUCGCGAGCGGCCUGCGAAGCGCGCUGUCCCGACCUGGUGCUAUGUCCCCAUCUGGGUGGAUCACUCAGCACGUGCAGUAGGGGACAGAGCUGUGGGAACGCCAGCUGUCCGGCCCGGCCGACGGCGACGUGCCGCGUCGAGCCGUGCUCGUGUCAGCCAUACUUUACAGACGUCAACGGAGAGCGGGUCGACUGUCAGGAGCGGUCAUCGACCAUCUGGGACAGCACGCGCGAGGUGGUGAUCGUCAACGCCCUGCCCAAGACGGUCACUGUGAAGAAGGUCAUCAAGGAGGUCCCCACCACCACGACCACUACUUCAACCACAACGUCAACCACCACGGAGAAGGAGCCAACCACCACUACUACCACUACCACAACCACUGAGAAGGCAGCCCCGGCAGCGGAGCCGGAGCCCUCGCCGGCCGCUCCGUCAGCCGCUCCUCAGUACAUCCCCGUCCCGGAGCGGGAGGACGCCCUGACCGGUAACGAACUGACCGGGGAGGACUCCGCCGCCCUGGCCGCCAUCCCCGAGGUGACCUUCCCACUGGUGUCCUCCCGCGACGCGGAGCUGUGGGGAGGACAGCUCGGACGCGCGCUGAGACCGGAGGAGCCGCAGGAGGAAUCCAGAGAGUCCACAGAGACUGUCGUGCCCGCCGCCACCGACGCUACCAACGUCGAUGACGACACUCUGCAGAAUCUCUCCGUCUCCUCCCCGGCUCCGGCCGCUCCAUCUGAGUCGUCAGAGCCGUCCGCUGAGUCUGGCGAGCCGGCGCCGCGCCGCCGCCAGGCCCGCCUGCUCGCCGGGAACAUCGACCGUCAGCUGUGGGCCGACCUGCGCUCGGGCACCAGCGAGCCCUCGGCCGCCGAGGAUCAGUACGUGCUGCAGCGCGAGGUGGUGCGCACCGAGCGGGACGGCUUCCCGCUGACGGCCGCCGUCAUCGUGGUGGCCGCGCUCAGCGUCACCGUCAUCGCCGCCGGCGUCAUCGGCGCCAUCGUGUACCGGCGCAAAAACUCAGCAGGUCAGAAGGCGGAGGCGCCCUCCACUCACGAAACGGGCGCACUCUGCAGCGGCCGCAGCCUCCACGAGCAGUUGGGACGGCAGCCGCCCAACCAGCAGCCCACCUUCCGGUGGAACUUCUGAGGCGGCCGCCGCCACAACCAGUAGUUAUCAAACCCGUCCACAGGUGGCGGGCCGAUCGCGCCGUCAGUGGAGCGCGGCGCGCCAGUGAAGGGAGCCAGGACAUUGGUCGGGCCGGCCGCCGCGCCGGCCGGCGACGGCAUCCAAGUGGCAGCGAGUGUGUGCGCGAGCAAUUAAGUUAUUUAUUGAUUACCGAUUGUCGAGAGGAGUAAGUUAACUGAGGACGUACGGGGCGUGAUGGGUCGGCGGCGCCGCCUCCCGAGCCAGUGAGAGUCUGUACACAUGUGUAUAUAGCGUCGUAUGUCCGCUGUGCAUUGUCUGUGAAUACGAGUGUCGCGAUAUACGAGAAGAGACCAUGUACGAAUAAUACACAAAACCGAUGCUCAGUA